GGAAAUUCUCUCUUUGUUAGAAUGAUGGGCGUUGCGGAAGUUCCCACCAAUGGGCGUUAAGCUUGAGGGGACUGGAGCGAGUAUAAAGCACAAAUUCUUCCACAGUUUGAAUCAUUCAGUAUUCAGUUUAGUAGUUUAUCAAACUUCCGAAACUUAUCUCAAAAUGACUGGUCGCGGUAAAGGAGGAAAAGGACUCGGCAAAGGAGGCGCCAAACGUCAUCGUAAAGUUUUGCGUGACAACAUCCAAGGUAUCACCAAGCCGGCCAUCCGUCGUCUUGCUCGCCGUGGUGGUGUGAAGCGUAUCUCUGGUCUCAUCUACGAGGAGACCCGUGGUGUUUUAAAGGUGUUUCUCGAGAACGUGAUUCGUGACGCCGUCACCUACACUGAACACGCCAAGAGAAAGACUGUGACAGCCAUGGAUGUCGUCUACGCGCUGAAACGGCAGGGCCGCACUCUGUACGGCUUCGGCGGUUAA